UUGAGCCAGAUUCGAAGGUAUAUCAACUGGGGUGCGGCCCUCUACCCAUCAGUUGUCUUUUGUACUCCAAGACUUUCAAUACCAACUCAUUAUUUCUCCUUCUCUGCUGCAGAGGAGAAUCCACCAAAAUGAAAUUCCUCAAGGCCAAAGCUGGUCUGCUGUCGUCUGGCAUCUGCCUUCUUGUCUCUGCACCCUUUGCCUCCGCAAGCUGCCCUCUUCCUUCUACCUACUCUUGGACCUCGACCGGAGCUCUCGCAACUCCGAAGUCGGGAUGGACCAGCCUGAAAGACUUCACCGAUGUUGUUUGGAAUGGCAAGCACAUCGUCUAUGCAUCAACCACCGAUACCAAAGGUAGCUACGGGUCGAUGACCUUCAGUCCAUUCUCCAACUGGGCGGACAUGGCUCAGGCCAACCAAAUCGCCACGAGCUUCGGUGCCGUGGCCCCCACCUUGUUCUACUUCCAGCCCAAGAACAUCUGGGUGCUCGCCACCCAGUGGGGGUCCAGCACUUUCACCUACCGCACCUCCACCGACCCCACCAACGUCAACAGCUGGUCCGCAGAGUACCCCCUAUUCUCGGGCCAGCUCGGUAGCGGCGAAAGUUCCGGCACGGGUGCCAUCGACCAGACCGUGAUCGGUGACGCCACAAACAUGUAUCUCUUCUUCGCCGGCGACAACGGCAAGAUCUACCGGGCCAGCAUGCCCAUCGGCAACUUCCCUGGAAACUUCGGCACGCAGUACGAGGUGGUGCUCAGUGGCGCCCGGAACGAUAUCUUCGAGGCGGUCCAGGUGUACACCGUCCAGGGCGGCCAGGGCCAGAGCAAGUACCUGAUGAUCGUCGAGGCGAUCGGCUCGACUGGGCGUCGGUACUUCCGGUCCUUCACGGCUAGCAGUCUCGGCGGGGCGUGGACGCCCCAGGCGGCGAGCGAGAACCAGCCCUUCGCGGGCAAGGCCAACAGUGGUGCCACCUGGACUCAGGACAUUAGUCACGGCGACUUGGUGCGCAACAACCCGGAUCAGACGAUGACUGUCGAUCCUUGUAACCUCCAGUUGCUCUAUCAGGGCAAGGACCCCAAUAGCAGUGGCGACUACAACACUCAACCGUGGCGACCGGGUGUGCUCACUCUGAAGCAAUGAAGAGGUCGGCUUGGAUAGAUUGAUGGAGGAGACUUUCGAGGUGGGGAGAUGUGAGAUGUGAGAUGUGAGAUCCUCCUAUAGCCGAGGUCAUGUGGCACGGCAUGCCCUAGUUACUCCUUAUGUAUGCUCAAGCCCAACGAACAAUCCCUCUGGUUACCACAGAACCGUUGCCAUUCCUUGAGCCUAAUGUAGUCAGUAUCAUCCGCGGAGUAGCUCCGAACUUAGUCUUUCACUUUUUGGCAUGUCCUCGACCCUAACAUGGAGACCUCCACCUCCU